AUGCUACGCAAGUCUACUGGCACUAUAAACCCCUGCGUAAGUCACCGUCCCUGCUCCCACUGCUGCUGCAACUGUGGGGCACACGGUGGACAUCAUAGAAACCCGAUGGUCGAACUGUCAAGGGCUGGACCACGCAAAUCACCAAUCACAAAGAAAAUUUUUGGUAAAAAAAGACGCAUCUGACGCUGGCUCGUCGGAGAACUCGGGACAGCGGAGGCAGCGGGGUGGGGUAGCAUAGGCAAUUAAAAUCGAUAUAUCUGCAAAAGCUGUGUUAGCGGCUCCCAGAGACACAUUGACCGUAGUUACCGACGAUGCCCACCGUGGACCCCCCACAACAGGGUGGGUGCAGCACCGGUGACUUGCGUCGCAUCUACCGCACUCUCUCUGCCCCCCACCUACCUGGGUUCAGUGUCAGGACAGAGUCAAGAAGGGCGGAGGCGGGGUCCGGAGCUGACGAAGCUAAAUAGCCCGUCUGCCUGUGUCACGUGCGCCUGGUCCGCGUACGAGGGACCAGGUUUUCACAAACAACAAAGGGGGCGGCUCGGAUCCCAUCUGAGUGGGAGUACCACAGAGGCCAAAGUUAUAAGACGCCAUUACAGACUGACUCUCCGUUUCGAGAGGAGGAAUGAGCUGUCAUGUUAGUUGGUAGCACUUCAUGCCAAGGACUUUAAGGCAAAGCGAUAGUUUAAAAGCAUGUCAGAUUAUUUAUGGCGAGUAAAAUGCGCUAAGGAUCGACCUGACUCUUCCCUCUCCCGGAUACUAAUCCACUGGCUAAGCCGGUCAUUUGUCUGGUGGGGGGACUCAACUCAGAUAGCUGGUGCGGCGCGAACCUGCGCCUAGGCGUGCCUCCACACCCGCAUUCAUCGCCUUUUUUAUUAGUUCGCAGCCAAAAUAACGCGCGCCAUGUUUCAAUGUGGUCCCCGUGAUGGCCCGGCGCUACUCCGGCGGCCUGCAAAGACUGCACUCAAUGCACCCUUGGGACCGACGAAAGUGGUUUAGGGAGGACCACUCAGGUAGCCGUUUGGGUCGCUAUCCGGUGCUGAGUAAUGUCCAUGUCACCAUGCCAGAAAGUGACUGAGAAAAUUAAAGAUACAGUUCGAAUAUUACCCUCUGGUGGAAAUAUUAAUUUCACUUCGAACAUCCCGGCGUAUACCUUACGCCCAUACGGGUCCGUCUCGCAGGAGCAGGAAAUCGGAGAGAACUGGAUAUGUAGGCCCAUUGAGAAAACAGAGCCCAGGAACGCCUGCUACAGGGAAGGAUGUUCAUAUUUGUUUUAUCGGUAGGGCAGAUGGAUGCGGCAAUUAAUGGUAUCCGUGGAAGGCAUUGGGGAAACUUCCACUUCAGACGACGAAAAUGCGAUCACUGGAACAAGAAAUUUAUUUGCCUGACGUUUCGGGUCCUCACUCGAAUCCAUCAUCAGAGACAUUCGCAGAUAAAGGUGAUGGUGGCACCAGGAGUGCAGUAUUUAUAACACGUGGCCGCCGCGGGACCAUAUGCGUGCUGUAAUUAACAGCUCGCACAGUCACCGCUGGGGUCGUAAUUGGUGCGGUGGUGGCUUGUCAGUCUGAGUCCGAGUCGUUAAUUGCCGUGAUUUCGUCAUCCGUGGUGGAUGCUGAUAUGACGAUUGUUCGGCAUACUGGCUCACUGUCACUGGGAUAAUUGCACGCCCGUGACCUCCACAUCUGACUGACUCCCCUGUCCAGGGAAAAUCUCAGCACGAAAUAUGGUACCGGAAGGUUAUUGCGCUUGUUGGUAAAUUUCGGGCCUAAGAACCAUGACUCGAGCAGCUGGCCGCUCACUCGGUUGUCACCCCUUGUGAGGAUUUCGGCCUCUCGAAACUUGAAAAUAUGGUUAAGCACUGCUCAGGUUCUUAGUUUGUGGCAGUUUGCGUCUCCUUGCCUUCCGCCUUUGUCACGCUGCCGUCAUGUCCGCCUCACACUCCGUGUCGAUACGCCCCUGGGACGCGCGAGUGCUCGAAGCCAAUUAACGCUGUCCCCACUCUGAUUGGCUGGCGGACGUGGAGACAACAAAGGGCGCACACACGCGCAGAGACAACACCCCGAGGGCGGAGACAGACAACAGCUUGCUUGGAGCGCGCUCGCGGCAACUGCCUACAGAGCCCUUGUGUACGCACUUUCUCAGGCAGUAAAGGUUGUCCAACUCAAACCGUCUUCCCUGACUUUUGAUUGGGAAUCUUUAUCUUGUCGACCACACUACUUUCGACAAGUUAACGCCCUUUCGGGAAGAUCUUUGAACCGCUUUCGCAGAUAUCAGUUAAGUGAGAACGCAGACCAAGUCGAAAAGGUGUCAAUCUGGAAUGUGGGCUUCGACUUCCAACUGAAUUCCCGGGACGCUCUCCUUUACCACUUUAUGGUCUCGCAAAAUGGCAUAUUAAAAUGGUUAAGCAGGAGUUCCGGUGGGGUCGGGCAAGACGCAUGCAAAGGGGAAACGCGAGUAAUAAUGGGACAAUGGUAUAGAGAAGGACCCCACUUAACUGUCAGUAGACUGUGGAUCGUGCCAUACGAAAUUUAUGGUAAAAGGAUUUUUGUGGGUGGGGCAGAAAGCUAGACAGUAAACUGACAAAAUGAAAGAAAACACAGAAAUUGCCUGGAUUUAUGCCGAAAGUCUUAUCCUACGCUAUUGUGCGACAACGGGAAUGAGGGUAGUAAUUAAACAAAAAUCAAAAAGUAAAUUUCACGAAAUAACCGAUUUUGAGUUAAGGUGCGAGGUCGUGGGAAGUAAUCGUUGUCGGCAGUGUAUUUUCUGCAACGGCCUGCAAAUGCAUGCCAAGAUAUAACCCCCUAUGACACGAUCCGCAGUCCACUGACAGUUAAGUGGGGUCCUUCUCUAUACCGUUGCCCCAGUAUGGGAGAGAGAGGGGUUUGUGCUGCGUCUAGACGUCUUAUUUUGGAAGACGAAUUAGGCUUGUAAGUCUAUUUUCGUGCUCACUAAUGUCGACCUGGUGGUUUGUGCUGCUAGUCAGUCGUACCCCGCGAGGUAGUAUUGGUGGCAUGUUGUCGUGUGAGUUAGACUAUGACGGGGGGAACUCAUAAAGCGCCGGCUUCACUCUGUCCUUUCUCGGCCGCCAUGUUCCAGUCGGAAGAGGACCGAUGAUGGACAUGGGUGGAGUAGUUGAUGUGGCAUUAAAUCCUCGCCUCCAGGUGCUUGGUCCUCAUCAAAGUCUGACACCACAGUUGCGCACCUUUCGAGCGCCCAAAACCCAACGAAAGGGUAAACCGCGCUCGUUAAUUCUGAUUAGAUAAGGUGAGUUUCUUGCGUAUGCGCAUGGAUGUUGAGGAUUUUUGAGAUUAUGAAACAGUCAUUGGCAGGGAGGGGGGGGGGGGCGGUUCGGUGGAUUUUAAAUGGCUACCCAGCUGUCAAAGAGUGAACAACUUCGGCGGAAUCUGGACACACGAUAGAAGACGCGAGACCUAAGUAAAGCCGGCUGCCUAAGCAUCCGACUUAUGAGCCACCGACGGCGGGCCUUGACCUUUUCGCAUCUUCAUUCUCCCCACCGACUGUGGUGUAUGGACUCGACCAAUUCCAAUGCAGUAGGCUGACUGCUUAAACUGGUUCUUCUGGGCAGCCAAUCUAGAAUUCGUCAGAUACUCAUCAGGUUCGCCAUCUACUAGGGGGGAGGGGGAGGGCAUACACAGCUCCAUCCUCGCGCACGUGGUUGAUUCUGGGCAUCGCAUGGACCCUAACGAGGCCUUCCGUGUGAUUUAAAAGGUCCCACCUAACUACUCCUAACGACUGAACCGGCGCUUACCAGCAACAACAGAAGCGACUCCCAUCAGGCUCCGGAGGGCGGUCCUGUGCGCGCAGAAUGACCUCUUGCACGCUUCGCGUCUACCGUGGUCAAAGAUCGAUUAAUUGCAUACUUGGCUCCGCGCCCUCGUCCCCCUCCGCCCCCCUCCCCCCCUGCAACACGGAUCCACGUGACCCUCACGGCCACUUAUUGUCUCCUCCCUCCCUACCCUUAGUCACGCACCCCGCUUGUAGGAAAAGACGAACCAUAAUCGAUUAACCUUAUCGCCCACACGCUCUACUUUGUACAUCUUUUCCAUACAAAUGUACUAGCCCGAUGAGAAUUUGUUAAAGAGAAUGACUUAGUUCAUGUAUGAGAAAGUCGGGUCUCUCGUUCGAAUCCCCGCAGCUUAGGCGGUUACAGCGCUGGCUACACAAAAGUCUUGCCCUUUCCAUUACAGGCCCGAACCCCGCCGAGUUUUGCACAUUUCGGUAGUUAACAGUAAAUUUUUUCAACCAUGAUUACAACCGCGCUCGGAAGGCUAGUAGCCGUCAGUCAUCAUUACAAUGUUCGGUGCUGUGUCAGGAUCAUCCACCUUUGCAGUCGACGGUUCCAAAGGCGCAGACCUUACAGCCUGAAUGACUGCAACAUGUACUGCGAUAGUUUGACGAUCACAAUCGACAGUGUGUCCUACAGUAGGGUGGAUCCAACACCGGCGAUUUUUCCGUGAAUUAAUUUAUGGCGGGGCAGACUUUCGCAGCACCUAUCUCACUCCAUCCUCCCCCGCGAACCUGGGCCCGAUGUCAAGACCGGAGGCCGGAUCGGGUGCAGAAGCGAUGGCCGAAUGUCCUUGAACUGUGUAAGCAGGUGAAGCGGACGCGACGGGUUCCUGGCACCGGCACACCAUUCUUAAUGCGAUGGGUUCGCUGGAUCCCGACUGGGUCGGUGCGUAAUGCAAAUAUGCGAUGACAGUGAGGACAGGAUAAGACUGUGACCAGUGAGAGGGGUAGAAGUGUCCAGUUAGGGGUGCCCAUGCAUGGGUGGUAGGUCGUGCCAUGCAUUGGUGACUGCACUUCAUGGCCCUUAGUUGGCACCCAAUUCUCAAAUGUGUCUCCUUGAAGCUAGGUUCUGUCUAACGGCCACACCCCGGUAGCCACCUCGAUCGGCGAGCUAAAUCAGAUGGAGGUAUCCAAUGUUGCUUGUGUCCCCACACCCGCCGGGGCGGGUGUCCUCAACCGUCCAUCCACGACCUUCGACGUCGUCAUCGACCGGCUCCCCUAAGUGGGAGGGAAUAACGACCCAGACCUCCCACCUUCCCUCCCAGAAACCAUCAGAGCCGCCCAACAAUCCUCCAGUAGGAAGGCACGGGAUCCGACGCGAUUCCCGCCGAAAAUUACAAGCACGAUGGCCCUUAGCUAAUUGAAAAACUGACGAUAUUUCGGGAGACUUGGUGUCAAGAACGAGUUCCUCGGGAUUUCAAGAACGCGAAAAUCGUCCAUUUCUACAAGCGACAAGGGAACCGGCAACUCUGCGUUAACCACCGAGGCAUAUUCCCAUUCAACCCUGCAGGAAUGAUCUUUGCUCGCAUCCUCCUCAAUCGCCUUAAUGACCGCCUAGAACAGGGAAUUCUCUAGGAAAGCCAGUAUGACCGUCAACGACACCGGAGUAUCUCCGUCGCCCGCCAACUACAAGCUAAAUACCAGGAAAUGCGGACCUGCUUGGACCUAAGAAAGACCUUUAACACGGCGAAUCGUGAUGGACUGUGGAAAAUCACGCCGAAAUUCGGUUAUGCUGGGCGAUUCACGCACAUGAUAGGAAAGCUUCGCGGAGGAUGGUGGCGAGCGUCGCAGACAGUGAGAUCGUCUCAGAAGCAUCUACACAAGCCAAGGAAGUAAGGCAUAUUUGCGAAGUUGCCCCUCUAGCCCCUUAAUUCUCAUGCAUUCUGUCUGCUGUGUUUAGCGCCUCCGGAUCAGCAUACCCUACAGGACCGACAGCAGGCUUCCAAACCUCCUACGUAUUCAGGAUCCAGCACGAAUUUGUUCACGACUUGCGCAUCGUGGACGACAGCGCGCCCCACAACGCGACAGAAGCAGAUAUGCAACAGACCUCUUCGCCGCCGGCUGCGCCUGCUUCCGGCUGACAGUCGAUAUGGACAAAACCGGAGUUCUGCACCAACCACUACCCAACACUGCAUUCAAUGUUCCUGGCAACCACGCCAACGACAUCCAGUCGGAAAUUGUGGAUAAUUUCACUUACUUAAGAAGGAUAUCCUCGCUGUGUCAAGGUCAAUAACGAAGCGGCUCAUCGAUUCUCGAAAUUCGGCCAGGCCGUCGACCCGCUGUAGAACGCAGUAUGGAGUCGCGGUGGUUUUGACCUCAAUACCAAGCUGAAGAUUCACAAAGCUGUCAUCAUGACGACGCUGUUGAAUGGUGUGGAGACCUGAAUAGUCUGCAAGAAACAAGCGAGAAGACUCAGUCCCGUCCACCUCGGUUGUCUUAAGAGAAUCGUAAGACUGAGGUGGCAGGACUGUAUCCCGGAAGGGGAAGUUUUGGAUCGGGCCGGAAUCUGCAGAAUCCGCACCACUUCGUGGGAAUAGACGAUGAGCUACUACUCUGGCGAAUCCUCUACGAGGAUGUCUCGAUAGAGGCUCAAACAGGACAUUUCAGCACACUCUACUGCACUUAUAAAUCAACCAGAAAACCCUGUAAGACCGGGCACAGGACCGACUGUUCUGUAGGAGGGCAGUGAAGACUGGAACAGAAGACUAUGAAGCCAACAGGAUAACCACUACCAGAGCCAAAAGAGAUGCUCAUAAGUCUCCGACUCGCAAAUCCAACACCUAACACCUUUCAACAUGUUAACGCUGUCAGCGGACUUCCCGCUUGCAGGCUGGUCUCAUCAAAUAUCUCGAGACCAGAUGCAACAACAGCCCAACAACCCCAGCGGCUGCAUCCACAAUCGCUCUCAUCGUCGCCGCUGUACCAACCUCCAUGGAGAGCACGGUGAUAACCUCACUCAGCAUCGAUCAGUACCCCGUCGAUGCCCUGCCGACGUCGAUCGCCGCCAUCUCCAUCAUUUCUGCCACAACCUCCGUGACAGCGGCGAUUAUUACCAGCUGUCCCACUGCUGCCACCUCGUCAACCACCAGCAAUGUGUACUUGAUACCAACCUGUACCCUUUACGAUCGCACAUGGGUCUUACUCAUCGGCCUGGCCGGUCACCUGCGAAUCCAGCGUCCAGAGACUGCUGAACCCGUGCCUGGAGCACCAACCUACAGUAGCCUCCACUAUCCACACUGCCCCCGAAUACUCACAGCGGAAUUGAUCGCAGUCUCGACACACCUAGCACCUCCUGCAUAUCUACUAUGCCUAGCUCAAACCACAGCCUACCGCCCAUCACACACCGUCAUUAGCUCCACCACACUCAGCACCUCUUGCACAUCCACCGUACCUAGCUCAAGCUACACCCUGUCGCCCAGCGUGUCUACUAUCAGCAGCUCCACCACUGCCGCCGUCUCCGAAACCGACGCUCACACCGUCGACUUUUCUUGUCCCCACCGUCGCCAGAGACUCCCCUUACACAUUCGCCCGGUCGGUCAUAUGUGAGUCCAUCGAACAGAGACUGGCAAACCAGUACCUUGAGCACCCACGUACACUCACCGUAACCCCCUCAACUGCCCUCACUGCACUCGCACAUUCGCUCACCGCAUGGGCCUAUUAGGCCACAUGCGCAUUUACGAAGACCUGGGGCAGGCAACCACCGGCUAAGCCACACCAUCACGUCUUCGUUCAUCUGCAUCACGCAACAUCACCGUCGUCCAGUACAAGCAUCCAAUUGUCACGUGCCACGCAGGUGGGAAGUGUGCGCCUCGACUCCGUCUCCAUGCAGCGACCGGCAAACCAGUGCCGGAGGUCUCCAAAUACACUCGCCACAUCCGUCUCUACUGUCCAUACUGUCUACGCACGUUUAUUCACCUCACGGGCUUAUUCGGUCGCAUGCACCUGGCCAGCAGCUGCGUCGACGUGGGAAAGCCGCGUGUGCAGGUGUUCGUCGUUCGUCUUUGUAGCGUGACCUCCCCAUUAUCAACUGCAUCUUUCUCAUUAUGUUGUGGAUACCGAGGACGCCAGUUCUUUCAAGGAUCUCACUGUCUGGGAUCCUUUCCUGCUACUUCCCCUACAGCAUUCUUCGAGCAGAGCCGAGGUAAGAAGGGCUGAGCCCUUUAGCUUGACCUUAAUAAACGGCCCGCAGCUCAGCUCCAUACAAAGGAGUUUUCGGAGGAACAGCCUUGUAAGUCCUCAGUUUUCAGCUUAUUAGGAUGCCGUGACUGAAAGUUCCAGAUGUAGUGGUUUAGCCGGCCGAAAGCCUGACCAGUUUUGGGACCUGACUUACGGUAUCGUCACUAGUCUUGAUGUUUCUUGAAAUUGCACUCUGGAGGCACGCGAAUUUCCCCACUGUUGGUAGACGGGUUCCAUCAACUUUGAUGCGGGUCUCGGCGUAGUCGGGAUAAUUGUCAUUAAGGCGUUUCGGGUGCUGACGAGGUGCGCGACCGCAGGACUCUAUUACAGUGGCCUGGGUGGUAUUCCCCGGCUACCUUCCCUGGAUUUCGGCAGUCGUAUCUGCAGCGUAUCUGGCUCGGGCCGUCAGGACAUCAUGCCACAAACGCGUGACAAGCGAACGAUCAAGGUCAUGGCCCCCCUGUUCACACCUUCUUUGUGCUGAUUGGCCACCCAUUAGCCUAUGACAGUCCCCCUUGCCAUAUACCCGGCCGUUCCCACAAGCCACCUCACUUGUGCUGUCUAUCGUACUCAGUACACGUCCUAUUUCCAAUUACCCUUCUGUUUUGCAUACAUAACAUUGGCGACGCAGCCUAACGAACAUGUCUUCAUUGCUGCCUACACCGUUAUCUUUCUGGCCAAAGAACACCCAGAAGCCCUCAAAUGACUCGUGGUUGCAAUGGAGGAAGACAUUUGAGGAUUAUAUUGAACUGCUCCCGAUUUUGUCACCCACGAUUGUACUAGACGUCCCAUCUAAGUUGAAACUACUUCGGACGAAUCUCGGAGAGUUGGGACAACGAUAUUUCGAUGCCCUCAAUCUACAAAAGGCUAUAGAUCUCCAUACAGCCUUCUCAAAACUCGAGUCAGCGUGGGGAGAAAAAGACAACGUCUUUCUCAGUCGCUAUCGGUUUUGUCAAAUGCGUCAAGAAUCCAAUCAAUGUGUCAGUGAUUUUAUUACUAAUCUGACUCUGGCCAUCCAGGACUGUGGGUAUAAAGAGAUCAAGGCAGACAACUUCGAGCACGCAAUGCUCUUUCAGCAGUUGAUCGUCGGUCUGCGCGAUGAAAAAGCUCGGGAAAAUCUCUUAUCAGAGAAGAAGGAUUUGUCAUGGGAGAAAGCCUGUGAUAUCGCCAGUCAUCGGGAGCGCGUGCGACAAAACCUUCAGCAGCUGAAUCAGUCAAAUGAUGGAGUGAUAGCAUCCUUGGAAUCUGAAAUGGCUGUCUCCCUAGUCAACACUGCUGUGUCUUCACCUAAACAGCGACCCUCAGCUCCCUCAAAACAACUACCAUCCUGCUACCGUUGUGGUCAGCAUCAUAUCCGGUGGUCAGACUGUAGACACCAGAAGACGGUAUGCCAGUUUUGCAAGAAAGUCGGCCACAUCGAACGAGUGUGUUUCUCCAAAAGACGAGCGAAUACUAACACGCAUGCAACCUACCCUAAUCCAACUGGGGAUGGCGAGGCGAUACUCCGAAUGUUUUCGGCCAACGCGCCGCUCCAAUCGCCCUACACCAUCACGCUUCCGGUUGAUCACCAUCCCGUGAAGUUUGAAAUCGACACUGGCUCAGCUGUUACUCUCAUCAAUGAGGCCUCCCUUCCGAAAUUACCCUCACUCCUUCCGGCCAGCUCAACAUUCCGUAGUUACACUGGACAGAACGUAGAGGUUUGA